GCGCAGUGCGCAGGCGCGAGCGUUCGGGACUCGCGGCGCGCGGCGCUCGGUUGAAGCGGGAGUGAGUUCCUGCGCGAGGAGACCCGGCAGCGGGCGGGCGAGCGAGCGGGUGACCGGGCGCCUCUUCUGCAGCCAUGGCAGCCCUGCGCUACGCGGGCCUGGACGACACGGACAGCGAGGACGAGCUGCCCCCGGGCUGGGAGCAGAGAACCACCAAGGACGGCUGGGUUUACUAUGCCAAUCACACUGAGGAGAAGACCCAGUGGGAACAUCCAAAAACUGGAAAAAGAAAGCGAAUAUCAGGAGAUUUGCCCUAUGGAUGGGAGCAAGAAACCGAUGAGAACGGACAAGUGUUUUUCGUCGACCACAUAAAUAAAAGAACUACCUAUUUGGACCCAAGACUGGCAUUUACUGUGGACGACAAUCCUACGAAGCCAACCACCAGACAGAGAUACGACGGCAGCACCACGGCCAUGGAAAUCCUCCAGGGCCGGGAUUUCAGCGGCAAAGUGGUGGUGGUUACUGGCGCGAAUUCAGGAAUAGGGUUUGAAACUGCCAAAUCUUUUGCCCUCCACGGUGCACACGUGAUCCUGGCCUGCAGGAAUAUGACAAGAGCCAAUGAAGCCGUGUCACGCAUCUUAGAAGAAUGGCAUAAAGCCAAGGUAGAAGCAAUGACCCUGGACCUCGCUCUGCUCCGUAGCGUGCAGAAUUUUGCUCAAGCGUUCAAGGCCAAGAAUGUGUCCCUUCACCUGCUUGUUUGCAACGCAGCCGUGUUCGCUCUCCCCUGGAGCCUCACGAAAGAUGGCCUGGAGACCACCUUCCAGGUGAACCAUCUGGGCCACUUCUACCUUGUCCAGCUCCUCCAGGACGUCUUGUGCCGCUCAGCCCCUGCCCGGGUUGUCGUGGUCUCCUCGGAGUCCCAUAGAUUUACAGAUAUUAACGAUGCCUCGGGGAAAUUAGACUUUAGCUGCCUUUCUCCAUCGAAAAAUGACUACUGGGCCAUGCUGGCUUACAACCGGUCUAAGCUCUGCAACAUCCUCUUCUCCAACGAGCUCCACCGCCGCCUGUCUCCGCGCGGGGUCACGUCAAACGCGGUGCACCCUGGGAACAUGAUGUACUCCUCCCUGCAUCGCAGCUGGUGGGUGUACACGCUGCUCUUCACCUUGGCCAGACCCUUCACCAAGUCCAUGAUUCUUCCCCUGAUAAGUUAUUACAAAAUAUUGAGCAGAGUUCCCUGUGCUAUACGCAACAAGGAGCUGCCACCACCGUGUACUGUGCUACUGCUCCAGAGCUGGAGGGCCUGGGAGGCAUGUACUUCAACAACUGCUGCCGCUGCAUGCCCUCGGCGGGAGCCCAGAGCGAAGACACGGCCCGGGCCCUGUGGGUGCUCAGCGAGAGGCUGAUCCAGGAAGGACUCGGCAGCCCGUCCGGCUGAGCGGGCGCUCGGCCGGGAGCAGCGCCCACGCCUAACUGCCAACACCGGACCCCUGCCAACUCACCGUCCCAGGGCUUCCCAUGUCCUUCCACCCCAGCUCCGCCAGAGUCAAGGGUAUCUAAGAGGAGUCGCAACAGAGCGAAAGAUGUUAAGUCCCGAUGGGAGACAGGGAAUUCUGGGGUGAAGGGACAAUACCUCUUUUCCG